GAGGGUGCGCUGUCCCUUUAAUUCCAGUCCCGGUUGAAGGGUGCUCUGUCUCUUUAAUUCCAGGCCCGGGUGGAGAGUACCGAUCGCUGAGAAGUCGCUCGAUGUCUCAGGGCUAUUUGCUGUGCCCUGUUGUCUGUGGUGAUGGAGGCCGUGGAUUUGUUCUGGGCGCUCGGCUCCGGAGCUCGCUUUGACUGGAAACGCUUCGGGAAGGAUGCCAAGAGACUGCGGGUGAUGAAUUCAAGUAGCACCAUCUUAAGUGAAAACGUUCCUGAUCUUGACUUUUUUAACAGUCAGCCUGCAAAAAACUGCAAACCAGUUGUCGGUACAUUGAAAAACAAAGGGGAGGAAAAAGAUUCUGCAGCAGACUACAAGGAUGACACAUGUAUAUUCCAAGGAAAAAGAAAAUUGGACAUGGGUAGUUCAGAAAAAAAGAAAAGGAACAAAAAGAGGAUCAAAGAAACCAACGCAAUGUCUGACGUUUUUGCUGAUACCAAGCAUGAUGAUGGAAUAAUGUUGAUGUCCUCACUGGGAACCAAGAUCAAGAGUAAUAUUGACAGGACGGGCACAGAACCUAGUGCUGAGAAACUGGAACAUCAACAACGAGAAAAGAUAAAUAAAAUCCGGCGUAAGCAUCGGAUUCAUGUGGAUGGAACAGAUAUUCCUGAACCCAUUGUAACCUUUGAACAGCUCCAUCAGGAGUAUAACUUGCACCCAAAAAUUAUUCAGAACAUUCAGGAAGCUGGUUUCCAAAUGCCCACCCCCAUACAGAUGCAAGCCAUUCCUGUCAUGCUACAUAAUCGUGAAAUCCUGGCCUGUGCCCCAACUGGAUCAGGAAAGACCUUGGCCUUUUGCAUUCCACUUUUGACUUGUCUGAAGCAACCAAUGAACAAAGGUUUCAGGGUGCUGAUACUAUCUCCUACUCGUGAGCUGGCCAGCCAGACUCAUCGGGAGCUAGUAAAGCUCUCUGAAGGUAUUGGAUUCAGAAUUCAUAUGAUCAACAAAGCAGCUGAGGCUGCCAAGAAGUUUGGUCCCAAGACAUCAAAUAAGUUUGAUGUUUUGGUGACUACUCCAAACAGAUUGAUUUAUUUGUUAAAACAGGAUCCUCCUGGUCUGGACCUCAGCAGGGUGGAGUGGCUGGUCGUUGAUGAAUCUGAUAAGUUGUUUGAAGAUGGUAAAUCUGGAUUCAGAGAUCAGCUUGCCACUAUCUUCUUAGCAUGUACAUCCCACAGUGUGCGGCGAGCUAUGUUUAGUGCCACAUUUGCAUUUGAUGUUGAGCAAUGGUGUAAAUUGAACUUGGACAAUGUGGUAUCUGUGUCGAUUGGCACGAGGAAUUCUGCUGUGGAGACAGUGGAGCAAGAGUUACUUUUUGUGGGUACUGAAACUGGGAAACUGGUAGCAAUGAGAGAUCUAGUUAAAAAGGGGUUUUCACCUCCAGUGCUAGUUUUUGUUCAGUCUAUUGAAAGAGCAAAGGAACUCUUUCAUGAGUUGAUCUACGAGGGCAUUAAUGUUGAGGUUAUCCAUGCAGAAAGAACUCAACAACAGAGAGAUAAUGUAGUAUGCAGCUUCAGAGCCGGAAAAAUUUGGGUCCUCAUUUGUACAGCUCUCAUGGCUCGUGGUAUUGAUUUUAAAGGUGUAAAUCUAGUCAUCAACUACGACUUUCCAACUACUGCAAUUGAGUACAUUCAUAGAAUUGGACGGACUGGAAGAGCUGGUCAUCGAGGAAAGGCUAUUACAUUUUUCACAGAAGAUGAUAAGCCACUUUUGCGGAGUGUAGCAAAUGUUAUCAGACAAGCUGGCUGCCCUGUACCAGACUAUAUGAUGCAAAUAAACAAACUGCAGAGUAAACAAAAGAAAAGAUUGAUCAAAAAUCCAAUCAAACGAGCAGAUAUCAAGACCACACCAAACUACUUCAUAGAAAGGACUGCCAGGAGGAAAAAAAUGAUACAGAAGAGCAAGAAGAAGAAAAAAGAAAAUUCCUGUGCAAGUGUGUCAGCUACCAGAACUAAGCAGGUUGCCACUGACAGCCGAUGAAGUGCUGCUGGAAGUGUUCAAGACUGCUUUCUACAGUUGAGAAGCAGAGCAUCGGAUAGCCACUUGUACAUCACCACAGGAGCUGAUGCUGAACAUUACUAUUGUUCACCCUCGCAUUUUUUUUAAAAAGGCGCUUAUCUAAUUUUUUUUAAAACUAAGGUCUUUUCGAAGCCGAGUGUUUUGGGAUGAUACUGCAGCUGUGGUCACUUUUUACAUUGUAUGUUUGUGCCUUUAGAAAUAAUCUGGACCUGUUUACCAUUGCAGCCUUGAGGGUGUGAGGAUAUGGUCUUCACACACACUGAAAAUGUCAUUUCUACCUGGAAUACAGAAUAUUGGAGUUUGGGAGCACUAAAUUAUCUUUCUCAAACUGCUUUUGUAUGGAAGUUACUGUGCAAACAAAUAGUUACUGUUAUGACAGUGGAAACAAAUAUCAUUGGCAUAAUUUAAGACCUAGUUAAGUUGUGAUUUAAUCUUCAGUUUCAAAAAAGUCAUGAUUUGUUUAAUUCUAAGAGUCUGCUGUUAAUGUAAGGAGAGAAGUUUUAUACCAAAACUGUGACCUUUAUCUUUAUCUCAUUGUCUGAGAUGCAGUGUUUCUAAAAUUAAAAACGUUUCAUUUAACAUUUUUCUGGUUUUUCCAAUGGAUUAUGUAUUAAAGGGAGACUAGCAGAGUAAGACUAACAACGUGGAGUCAAUUUCUGCACCGGCUGAGGUCGCAGUGAAGGUCCCAGCUUUUAAACCUCUUCCUACACCUGAGAUACGGUGACCUCCAGUUAAACUCACUACCAGUAAUCUCUCAUUAGACAGAUUAUUUUAGAACACUAGACAGAAUAUUUAUUGUCCAUCCCUAAUUGCCCAGUGGCCAUGUUACAAUGUUACAAAUUUCAGAAGGAUGGUGGGUGAAAGAGUUACGUGGUGUACGAAAAUGACCCACAGUAGUGGAGACAAUGGGUGGCAUGUAAUUGAGAGUCAAGCACAGUGCUGAGUGUCUGGAAUCUCACACAGGCCAGACCAGGUAAGAGUGGCAGUUUCCUUGCCUAAAGGGCAUUAGUGAACCAGAAGUUUUUCCAACUCAUCGUCAUCACUAGACUUUUAAUGCCAGAUUUUUAUUGCAUUCAAAAUCCACCGUCUGCCCAUUCUGGGGACCUGGGUUAGAACAUUACCAGGGUCUCUGGAAUAACACAAACAAAGUUGCUGGAAAACCUCAGCAGGUCUGGCAGCAUCUGUGAUGGAGAAAACAGUUAAUGUUUCAGGUCAAGUGACCCUUCCUCAGCUGAGCUUUUUCAGCAACAAAAACAAAGUUGCUGGUUUACAGCAUCCACAGUUCUUUUGGUUAUUCUCUGGAUUAACAGUCUGGUGAUACUCCAAACUCCAAUGGCUACAAGCCUAGCCUGAACAACCUUUCCUCAUGGAGCAUACACGAGUAAGGACAACUGGUUUAAUUUACCACUUUGUUCUUAUGUUCACCUUUGUUCCUGGCCUGCUGCAGGCUUCCAUUGAGGGUCAAUACAAAUUUAAAGGACAGUAUCUUAUCCUAAAUUUCAGCAUUUUUAAGCUUUCUGGAUUCAAAAUUGAGAUUAACAAUUUCAGACACCAACUGUCCCACAUCUGGAUUCUAGAUAAUAAAAUGUGAGGCUGGAUGAACACAGCAGUUCCAGUGGCAUCUC